AUGCAGCAUUUGCUUCCAAUAGCCUCGCUGCGCGCAGCACUGCUAGCGCUUGCCGCAACCACCGCAGGGUCAGUAUCAGCGACUGAACCUGAGCUACCAUGGCCGUACAAUCUCCCUGCGCAUGUCAAAUACUUUCCAGAAGACGAAUUCCACGUCAAACGUGGCAUUGACAUUGAGCAACGGCUGGCCACAGAAGUCCCCAUCGGCGUGAAAAAGAUGAGCGAAGACGCAGGGGAAAAGUUUCUUUUUGACUAUUGGAUUUUCGGACCAAGCGGAACAGAUGAUGAGAAUGACGGCGCGUCAGCGACUGCAGCAUCACCAGCCCACCUCCGACAACGAGCAGCGAUAGAUACCACUGACAAUCAAGACUCCUCACUGUACGCCAACACCUCAAUACCUCUGUCAUUCAGCCCGCCAUUCCUGCAGCAUACAGAUGAAAAAGAGAGCCCACUAUUGCUCCGGCAUCCCAGCCUCCGCUACCUUCCUCGCAAAGCGCAGUCUUUGUUCCAACGAGGCUUCCAAUGUCCCGCCGGCACCAGUAAUUGUUCAUCCAUCGGCCGACCAGACAGCUGCUGCGCCAACGGCGAGACGUGUCAGUUAAUUACCGACACUGGCCUCGGCGAUGUCGGUUGCUGUCCAGCGGGACAGACAUGUUCGGGACAAGUCAGCACCUGCGGGGCGGGAUAUUCAAGUUGUCCCAAUUUUCCUGGCGGGGGGUGCUGUAUUCCAAAUUAUACCUGCUUGGGAUCUGGAUGCGCAUACGUCGGCACCACCACCGUUGUAACCACAAUUACCAACACUAUCCGGACCAUAGCCACGCCUACUAUUCUUUCCAGCGCCGGAUCAUCGUCAUCGUCAUUAUUUCCUUCUUCUUCUUCUUCUCCUUCUUCUGCUUCUUUCUCAACUACCCCCAGUCCUUCCCAGCCGCCGCUGUCCCAGACCCCACUGACUUGUUCCACGGGAUAUAAAUCCUGCCCUGCGACUCUUGGAGGCGGCUGCUGUCCUUCCUCGCGCGAAUGCGGAUUCGCCGAAUGUCCGGCUUCCUCUACCUCCCCUGCAUCCUCAUCCUCUGCCGCAGCCUCAGCUGGCCCACCAAUUCGUCCUACUACCGUCUCUACAUCUGCAUCUACCUCUGCGUCGCCUUCUCCAUCCAGCAGUCCUACUAUUUCCGUAUGUCCCACAGGCUUCUACAUGUGCAGUGCAUAUUACCUCGGCGGAUGCUGUCGCGUGGACCGUAACUGCGACACGGCAUCUUGUCCGCCCCGAUCGUCUACUACGGAUGUGAAUACGCAUGGCGUGACUGUUGUCGCCCCUGCCUCUGCCACGACAGAGCCGUCUUCUCCUUCUUCGGAGGACAAGCAGUCUACGUCAGCAGUUUCAUCUUCUUCAAGCAGCAGCCGCAGCACCAACACUCCGACAAAACCCUCCUCGUCGUCCUCGCCGGCGUCAGUGUCUAAAUCACAACAAGGAACAUGCGCAAGCGGCUGGUUCAAGUGCGCAUCCACCGACGGCGGGGGCUGUUGUCCGUCGGGCUACGCAUGUGGUGCAGCGUGUACGGCGACAGCUACGAUCUCGGGCAAAUCAGGUGCAUUUACGACUGACGGACCGGUCAUAGGCAAGAUGCCUUCGAGUGGAGCUGCCAGGAUGAGCGACUCGAGAACCGCAUGGGUUGAGAGAGCAUGCGGAGCGAUUGCGCUGUUGGUGUUUGGACUUUGUGUGAUGCUAUAG